GAGUUACAUUUACAACAAAAAAAUAUACAUACGAAUAAAGAGAUUAAGGACGCAAUAAUAAAAAGACACAAUGAAGCAUGGCGAAGUAAACAGUUACAUGGCCAAUUUCCUAAGAAAGUACUAGAUCAGGCUAAUGUAUACAAGGAACUUUCAUUUAAAUGGAUGAAAAGGCAACAGAUAUCUCCAAGCAUUGAGGCCUCAAUAUUUGCCAUACAGGAUCAAGCCGUCAUGACGCGACAACAUCAACGCGACAUACUAAAAGAACCAGUAGAUGGAAAAUGUCGCCUAUGUGCAACCAAAGAUGAAACCACGCAGCACAUUAUUUCAGGGUGUGAAAAAUUGGCAGGGACCUAUUAUGUCAAAAGGCAUAAUAACCUUGUACAAUACGUCUACUGGUGUCUGGCCAAAAAACACAACUUUGAAGUCUCCAACCUGUGGUGGAAAGAAAUUCUCACCCAACCGCAAGUUAUAGAAAACGCAACCGCAAAAAUCUUAUGGGAAAUGCCAGUUCAAACUGAUGUCACCGUAACUCAUAACAGACCCGAUUUAAUUUACAUAGAUAAGAAUAAAAACCGAACAUUUUUAAUAGAUAUAACAGUUCCAUCAGAUUAUAAUAUAGGGCCUAAAGAAAUAGAGAAGUUAAGUAAGUACCAUCUCUUAAAAACCGAAGUCAGUCGUUUGUGGGAUACACAAGCGACAGUAAUUCCAAUUGUAAUAGGUGCGACGGGUGUAGUAGCUAGAAGCAUUAAAAAAUAUAUAGAUACAUUAGAUACCAACAUCGACAUAAGUAUUCUUCAAAAACAAGCAGCAAUACACACUUCAAUUAUGAUAUCCAAAGUGCUAGGAGAUACUGUUUUUGUUCACCACACACAGCCGGAACAACAUACGCUACGUGAUAAUAUCGCAAAUUAA